AUGGGCUGGGUAGACAUGGAGAACUAUUUGGCGGUCGCGGCGCUGAACGGGUUGGACCGGCGUUCCCUGCAGCGCUCGGCGAGGCUGGGUCAAGAAGUGCUGAAGCGGGCUAAGAGGAGGGCAGUGGACUGGCAUUCUCCGGAGCUUGCCAGUAGCAACGUGGGGGGCAUUUUCCCGGAGCGGCCCUGCCGCGAAAGAUGGCCCGCAGCCGGCCCCCAGCGCCUUCUCCCAGGAGAGAGAGAAGAAAGAAGCGCAACCCUCAGUGCUUCUUUCAGAACGAUAGCUGAAUUCAUGGACUACACUUCAAGUCAGUGUGGGAAGUAUUAUUCAUCUGUGCCAGAGGAAGGAGGGGCCACCCACGUCUAUCGUUACCACAGAGGGAAGUCACAGAUGCACUUGUGCUCAGACCACGGGGAUGGCCAGAGACAAGAAAUGCCCCUUGGUUUUGGAGGCCUCUAUCCAGCCACGAAGUGUAUGCCAGAGGCAGCCCAGCCUGCUGAGGACAUCUCUAAGGACCUCUACAUAGAAGUGUAUCCAGGGACCUAUUCUGUCACUGUGGGUGCAAAUGACUUAACCAAGAAGACUCAAGUGGUGGCUGUUGAUUCAGGACAGAGUGUGGACUUGGUUUUCCCCAUCUGA